AUGUACUUUCAAUUCACCUAUUCACCUAGGUAUCGAGCCACUGUAUUUUGGUUUCUGUUAUUUCCUGGAAAAAAGGUUGAAGAAGAAAAUAUAAAAACAGGAGCAAGAAAAAAAAGAAAAAAAAACUGAAAAAGAAAAAAUAUUCCCCCAGGAGAAAAAAAAAAAAAAAAUCGAGGAAAGAACUGAAAGCAAAGGUUUCCCCAUCAAGCGAAAAAAAAAAAAAAAAAAAAUGCAAGAGAAAAACACAGACCAAAAAAAAAAAAAACUGACCAGGUUUCUUCACGCUAUUCCCUAUUCAAUCAAAUAAGACUCCUGCUUCUUCCGUCGAUCAGUUGGGCUACUCAAAACGUUUAUAACGAAACUGGCUCAUCCAGAUAGUCUACAUUACUAUCGCAAGGGUCAGGAAUCAUUUGAGAGUUAAAGUAGCUGGCACUAGCCUAAUCCGCUUUGAAAUUCGUAACCUGUGUCAGCAGCAGCAUUUUUUCUGUUUCAGAUUAGUCAUACGUUUGGUCAUGUCAGUUAGAACUUACAGGAGGUGAAAGCUCAUUCUUGUUUUAACUAAUAAUUACUUGAAAGGCGCUUUUUAUCGGCCAAUAGGAUCAACUGAUGACAAAAACUCUUUAGUUAUUAUGUAAAACCAGUAAACUAUCAUUAACGGAAGUUUGCUGGAUUGCCUACUGUUUUAGGUUUAAGCUUUCAUAUUCCCCAUUCAUGUCUGUCGAUUUAACCUGGCCUUCCUUUGUAUCUUUGUAAAACAUGAGAAAUUCCAGACCAAUUCCUAUGGCUACCCACAUAGCAUCUUUUGCGACUUUUUAAGCCGUUUAUCUACAGGUAGAGGGACGUUUUUAAUUUCGAAGGCGAAAUAUAUAGUUGUGGAAAUCUAAAAGACCAUGUGUCAAAGUGACAUUGUUUAAGUAAACGUCUAUUGCAUAUCAAAUGUAUACUCAAAUCUUCAAUGUUAUGGUAAGACCUGAUGACACGGGAGUCUCAUUGUUGCUAUGAGUUCCAUGCAAGCUUUGUGGAUUAACAUUGGCCUAAUUUGUUAUCAUAACAAACCCUUAUCGGUUCAAUUCUUGCUCUUUUUAGACCUGUCAGAGAAGAGUAAAAAAAAAAAAAGAAAGAAACACGGUUACAUGCUUUUCUCUAUUUACUGUUCCCAUUUUUCACUUUCCCAGCGAACACUCCAGAGUCCAAAAUAUGCGGCCAUAAAUACCACCUGAAGUUUAACCCGGUCCUGUGCUGCUUGCAGAUCAGAAAUUGUUGAAAUUAAUCAGAACAUUUUAGAAAGCUUCUAAAAAUUCCUGAAAAUGAAAGGCCAGCGAGUUUUUAAGCCAAGACAGGUCUGAAAAAAUUUUUUCUCAUAAUUAUUGAAUUAUUGUGCCGAAAAUAUUUCCUUUAUUACGGGCCACCCAUGGACUUUUCUUUUGCAUUCUUCAUUAUUAAACAUUUCCGCUCGAGACUUUGAGGUUUGGGGCCCUGUCGAGAAGUUUGUUUACAAUGAAAACCUCUGAUUCAAAGGGCAUUCAAAAGAUGUAUUUUUAGUGCCCCUGGCCUCAAGCAAUUUAAUUGAUCCUUUGUUUCCCCGAUAAUUGACACAUAUUUGGCGCGACAUCAAAACCGUACGAGUUGAUAUUCUGCUGUGGAGACCAAACGAUAAAGAAGGAUCGAUAGCCACUAAAAAUUGUGCAUGAUCAAAAUGGCUCAUACAGAAAAUCACCACAACGACUCACCUGAAAUGAACUUGAAUUUCUCCUUUCUAGGCUCUAUGAAUUUGUAUUUGGUUGUGGCGCGAGCUUUUGGCUUUCCCCUACAUAUUUUUCCAUGUGCGGAAAAUAUUUCCAAAGCUUCCUACACGAUGCCAUCGAACGAGCAGAGGUGUUUUGUCGACGUCACUGGUUUUAGUGGACUUUUCAACCGUUCGUAUACCAAUUUCAAUUUACCCCUUACUGUACAACAACUGCGCUAGAACUCAGCGAUCAAGCCACGUUGAAAGACUUGCAAUUUGCGAGAUAUUUCUCCUGAUGUUUGUGUGGUUCAAGUUGGCAUCACUGUUUAUAAUUACAACCCUCAUCCUCACCCCCUACUAAGCCAUGACCGCGCGAGGAAUCUAUCGAAAUAUAGGCGCCUUAGCCUGCUCGAGGCGCGAGAAAAAGCACAGAGAAAAUUUUCGAAACUCCUCCCUCGUUGAUUGAGCUUUAAACUUAUUACCUGUGGACUAAAAUAUUCUGUUUGAUGGGAAAUUAUGACUUAGUUUGACAAAUAAUUCCGGUUCGACUUCUUGUUUACUUUGACGCACUUAUAUUAUUAUAUAUUUUUUUGCUCGCGCGCGGAGAUUUGCUUCACAAAGUUUUGCAACCUUUAUUAAAUUUUUAGUGCUUAAUAUUACUUACUUUUAAACAAUUAGCCGUGAAAUAGAGUUAAGUACUUUAAAAACUGCAAGGGGAUUGAGGACUUCGUAGAUAAUAUGGCGAAAGCGUGAACGCAAAUUCUCGGUCUGCGCUGACAACGAGUGGGCAUUCAAUGAUGAAAGCUCGCAAAUCAGUCGGUAAAUGCUUCAUUCUGUUUAUCCAUAGCAGGGUAAUGGUGUCAUCAUCAACGGGGAACUUUUUUUGUAAAUAGUUUUCCUUGCUGAGCUGAAGGAGAGUUAAUGUUCUCACUCCGUAUUUGAUGAUGGACCUUCUUUUUUUCUUUCUUAAUCCAUGCCUGCUGCAGUGUAGAUGUAGAUACAACUGUUUGCUGAUAGCUUGAGCUGCUAGCCGAUGUUGCGACUGUGACCUCCAGUUGAGUCAUUAUUGAGUCUUACUUGGCAACGCUAGGAAUCGAUUACGGAAAUUGUGCACGUUGUUGUUAUACUCAUUUGUCAAUAACACUGGAUAUCAAUUGACAGAACUUACCGAUUAAUCUGUUAAUAUCGGUGUGAAUUGACCAAGGACAGCUGUAAUUAAUACUUGUGGUCAAAUUGGAAAGCAACGGAUAGGAGCCAAUCAGUGAAUAUCGAUCAUACUAGAAGGUAUUAACAUUUUCUUUUUCACUUCUGUACAUCGGUUUCCGUCAAUAUCAAAAUUCAUUGAUUAUCAAUUUUCACGAUUGGUCAGGUGGGCAUGGCAUAUGGUAAAAUAUUGACUGGGCUAUUGGACCAUUUUUUGGACAAUUUUUUUUUUAAAUUUUUUUGGACCAACUUUUGGACCAUUUGUAUCGGACCAUUUUGUUGGGGGGGGCAGACCAUUAGUACUCUGGGGGUGGUAGGAUGUAGUCUAUCAGUACUCAGAAGUAGGAGGCAGACUUUUGUUACUGAGGAAGGAGUGGAGGACGAACUAUUAGUAUGCAGGAAGGGGUGGGAGGUGGUUGUCUUAGUAACUGCUACUGAUAAAUACAUGAUUUUGAUUUAGUUGUUCCCUGACUUUACAUCAAUGAAUCAUUCGUUAUGCUCCAGGAACAAAUUGGCAGUAGGAACACGAAGGGAUUUGCGGUAGUUUGGGAAACUAACGGAUGAUUCAGUGAAUAAGAAACUCAUUGCUGAGGUGUAGAGGUGACAAAUCGGUUCGCAAGUAGGAGUUGCUGCGAUGCUUGAACAUGGCCUUCCUGCAACCGGAACUAGAACACUUUUCCCCUGAGCUUUUGAUUCCGUCGUUCGUUGGUUCUUUUUUCUUUUUUUUAUUUCAUACGUAAAAUUCGCUUUAAAAAUAGAAGAGGUCAUUUGUGAUUUAAAAUUACUUUAGCUAACUUUUUUUGGAUUUAUUAUAUGUUAGAGGCAAUCAACAAAUGGCAAUAGGAAUGACGUGAAGUCGUUCACGUGGAGAGGCAGCUGAGUAGAGUCCAUUCGGGACAAGGCGUGGCUGAAGGGUGAGGCAAAGGGUAUGGGUCCUGAACGACAAGGAAAGCCAGAGGACUUGGAAGAGCUUGCAACUAGGUAAGGAACAACAUGUAACCAACGUAAGUACCCCACUCGGUCUAAUUUUGUAAAUCCAUGGUGAGCCAACGGCAUUGUCAAAUGAACAAAGUAGUUAGUUUCUGAUGGGGUUUCUAGCUUGUGUCACAAUUUGCUCAGAUGAGGAGCAAACACCAAAAGCUUGUUAAAAUUUGAUAGCGCUGUUGACGCACUUUAUGAGCUUGAAGGCGAUGGUCGACAAAGUGUUGGAAUAAGGGCUGUGCUGAGGAGCGUAGCGUAAUUUAGUCAUUAACUCUCCUUUGAAUGACUGUGUUCUUGUGGCCAAACUUCGAUGCUGUACAAUAUUCGAAAUGCGUAUUUUGUUUCCUAAAAUGAUGGAGAAGCUUCUCCAGGUUACACUACUCUGAAUUCUUUGCGGUAAGGGUUAUAGUAGGCCAUAACCCUACUGGAAAAUUCUCAGGUUCGACUGAUAAGAUAUGUUCGUUUUCUGGUGUAGGCUGGCCAUCCAGAAAGACGAAAACGACGCGCUGAAAGAAGCACUCAGUUCCACACUGAAGGCCCGAAGAAGAAGACUUGAGAUUUUACUAAGAGAUGAUCAUCAAACAAAGAGGAUCCUCUUGCAGGGGUUGCGGAGACAAUUUAGACAGAACUUCGCCCCCAGCUAAUCCAUGACAUUUGGAAUUUGGACUUGAUACUACAACCCAGAUGAUGUAUCAUUAUGUACAUGAUCAAGCCUUCAAUCGAUUAUGUCUGUUUUGUUACGUUCUGUUUUUUUGGGCAAAAAUAGAGGAAGGGAAAUAUUUGCGAGAGACACUUGAAUACCUCCUAACCUUCCAUGCUUGUUCACCGUUAAUUUGAAUGUUUACAAUUUCGGUUCUUACCCGAGCAGCUGAAAGCGAUAAUCACUAAAGGUAUCCUUAUAAACAAUCAGCAAACUGGAAGAGUUUUUAAACGAUUUGCUAUCACCUUUCACGUACUUUUAAGCAGACAGCAUCGUAAACGGGCCAAUUGAACGCCGUACGCUUCAAAUUGUCUUUUUAGGACACAAUAUCUUUAUCCAGGAAUGACACCUUUUUAACCACAUUUUGCGAGGAAAAGGUUCUCCUGAAUUGCGUGACAAGACAAACUAACUUCACUUCCGGGUAUCCGCCAUCUUGGAUCGGUGAUGAUCACGUGAAACCAGUCAACAUUUGUUAAUCGAAGGUCUCCAUUCCACAUCCAGACUAGACAUUUUCGUAAAUCGUGAGGAGUUGGUUUGGGCUACUUCAUCCGUUUUAUACAAGGUGAGUAAAGUGUGAACAUGGCUGAGUAUCCUGAGAGGGAAAGAUUUCUGUACGGCGAAACCAGGUUGUUUUUCGGAAUAUUAGAAUGUGGUGGUGAAUCAGAGCGACGCCAUGUCAAAUCAGACCAGCAUCAGAUCUUUCUAAUUACCUUUAGACGCCAGCAUGUUUUGAAGCUGAAAUGGAACGGGAUGAAGACGAGUCGCUGCAAAAUUAACCUUAUUUGAUUAGUGUUCUGUCAGAAAGGAGGCAGAAGAUGAGUUAAAUAUUUGUUUGCAGCUAUAUACUACAGUCGUUUAAAAAAAAGAAUGCAGAUGAUUUCAGCGGUACCUCAAGAACACAUUAACGUAUUUGUCUCGUCUACAUACGAUGAGUGUGAGUCAGUUCAUUCUUAGCUUUGGCAUUGAUACAAAUCUUAUGAACACUCGACUUGCACAAAUAUUAAUCGCUUCUUAGAUCAAGUGCACCGUUCAAACGUUAGGUUUGAAAAUGAGCAUGAAAUCACUGGCCAGGCCUUUGAACAUAAAGCGGAAAUGGAAAUUUUUGCUCUGAAAUAGGUUUUGGAUUUAUAGAGAUGGACGGUAGAUCCCUACGAAGAAGUCCGAGUUGUACCUUCUCCCCUCUCUCGAGGAGAAGACAUGACCAGAAGUUAGAGCUCAUUUCCUAGAAUCCUUGAAUUCUUAGAAAGGGUCAUGUUUAUGUAAUUCUCUUCGUGAAAUGCAAAUGUUGAUGCAUUGGCCGCUAUCUCACAGAUGAAGAACACUUUUGGAAGCGUUUGAAUGAAAAGCAAAGUAAGCAGGGUUUGAAACAUGCUCUGCUAACGAUAAAAUUUGGGACCACCAUUGCGGAAUUCGAGAAGUAUCUUUCAAGUUGCGAAAGAUCGGCUGUUGCCUCAUAAAAUAAUGUAAAUUUGCUGCGAUCUUUCCUUUUUUUAGUGAACCAUGAUAAAAAUAUUUGCAUAAAUCUACCGCCUAAGAAUAAAUUCUGAAUGAACAGAAACGUGGUGGUUUCUGUAACCUCCAGCCAACGAGGAAGUUGAUAUUCUCAGUCAAGUGAAAUCCCACCGCUGACUGUUGAGGUAAUACUGCUCAGCAACUAAUGAAAGAUGCAAAAUUUGAGAGAUGACGACUGUAUCCAAAUUUUCACGUGAUCAUCACGGUCACUUAGAAAAGUUCAUCAUAGCCAGGUUGUGAGUUAAAACUCCCUUCAUGCGAUCAGUUUUCGUUGCAAUUCGCCGACCAUCGACACCGCUCGCUGAGACAAUUUCUUGGCGCGAGUUGCGAACCGCCACCAUUUCAUAACGUGAACAGAGAGAAACCACGUCAAGGUGCUGAUGUCGUACUUUUUUGUGGUAAAAAGUGAUCAGUAAAGAAAUGCUAUGACGCAACUAAAUACCAUUCGACAGUUUUCUCGGAAUUUGGGUUACGUUCUAAGAAGAUGUUAUAGCUAGUAUGGAACAGCUUUAAAGCUGAAGCAGCAACUUUUGAAAUAGCCUGCAGCGCAGCAAAACAACUCCGGAUUAAUUACGCGUCAAUGUAUUUCCGGAAAUGGGCAACCGAAAGCAUUGUCUUUCAGCAAAAUCAACACACGUAGAGCUGCGGUCACAAAUAUGAACUGAUAUUUGCUGCACUCUAUACUUUCCAAACGACAAUUCUUGAGUAAAGUUGCCGUUAGUCUAUUUGACGAUUUUUCUUCCAUUUGAUCAUAAACGAUACUUUGAAGCACAAACAGCUGCACUCGAAGGUUUACACGCCAUAAUUUGUUUGAUGCAAACCGGCAUUUUCUGGCGAAACGGUGUGGCGUUUUUUUCAUCAAGGAAAAAAAUGGCUCCACGAAAGCGUUCUCUGCUUAUGCAAAUACGAGUUGAUAUUUGUCGCAUUCUAUAACUGAUCGAAGACGCCUAUUCCAUUUGGUUAUAAACAAUGCCUUAAGGCGGACAAACGACAACUACACUCAAAGGUUUCCUCGUAAUAAUUUCUUUCAUACGAACCAACACCUGAAGUAUCACGCUUUUUCCUAAGUCAGUUGGCGACACGGCCAGUAGAUCCUUCCCAGAACCGGUAUAGAAAUUGCUUCUUUUUGUUCCGAAUUUAAUGCUUUAAUUUCCGCUAAGAAAACCACCCACUGAGCACCCACUCGCCAAAAUUACGCCUGCUCUGAAUUUUAAAUACUCACCGCAUGCAAAUAUGAGAGACUAACCUGCUUAACUUUCAUAUGAUCAUGGAGAGAUAAAGAAAAUUCUUUAUCUUAAAUGGUAUAAUAAAAUAAAAAGUAUGAUAUAAAUAAUACACUGUGUGAUGUAUCAAAACACUCUGGAUUUCUGCUGAUUUUCCUGCUGGUGUAGUUUAAAAACAUUGCUUUUUUAAUUUUUCAUGUCAUUGUGUCAUUGUAUUAGGUUUUGGUUUGCAAGUACAUUUGAUUUUAUUGAAUGAAUCUAACCGACGGGAACUUUGCCUCUAAAGAAAGGCAAGAAUUUUUGAUAAUUCAUGGAAAGCCGGAUGUAUUUAUUUUUGUCGUUGAUAAGCUGGGUUAAAAUAAUUUUCGUGUCAUAAGAAUAGAUUUAAACAAAUCCGAAAAAGUUAUUACAGUUUUAUUAAUGAAAGGAACUUAACACGCAGGGAGUAAGAGUAAAAAAGGGAUGUGAUGCAUGCUAUGAUCUAAAUUGGUUUCUUUGAAUGCGGGCUCUCCUAAUGCCUGCAAUAUGAAACCGUAUACAUCUUUUGUGUUAAGAGGACAUCCGUGCAAAAAUCAAACAAAAAUGAAAUUUUUAUGGCAAGGGUCAAAAAAUCAAAUUGUCUCAAUUUUUGCACACAAGUAGUCCUUAGUAAGACAAGAAAGACUGUGUAUUUUUUUCCCUCAAAUAUGUUGUUAUUUUCGAGAAAAAAGGAACUUUUCGCUUUCACCCUCUGGAAUCGAUGGAUCGGGUCAUAACAGGUCGAAAAUUGAACACUUUCGCUCGCUUCGCAUUUGAAAGAUAUUACGUCUUGGGAAAUCUAACCAACGUGAGCUCUUUCAUAGACUCUUUUUCUUCUGUAUAAUGUAAGUUGUGUAGGAAUUGGUUGCUUAGAAGCUUUUAGCCAUGUAAAAAAACAAUGCGCUCCCUUCCGUUACAAAAAAAUGUCGGUGAAGAAAACCUCUUUAUUCACCAUGUGCCAUUAUUCAGAAUUCCACAAAAUUACGUGUGUAAAUUGCCGAAGGAAUGAUCUUCAAGAUGACGUAAAGUUUCCUUUGGGCAAAUGUUUUCUCGCGACGCAGAAAACUCUUCAAAGUAGCACACGGAAGACACAAAAUCGCGCCACAUGUUGAUUGCGUGACCAAAGAGCAUUCCUGCAUUAGAAAUUACUCAAAAUCGUACAGGAGAACGUUUUCAGAAACAAAUAACAAAUUUAUACCCAGUUUUGUUAAAUUAAUUUGUCUAUUAUCAUUUGAAGUUUGUUUCUGCAGAGAUAUUGUGCCAUCGUUCUGUCUAGUAUGAUUAUGCACUAGUGCCAGCAACGGUAUUCGAUUAAAAAACUUUGCUGUUCUCUCGCAUACGAAUCUUAAGUUUCUGCCCCUUGUUUGACUUGCUAACCCGUGCCUUUUAACUAGCCUAUAGAAAACGAAAAUCCACAAAAUGUUACCUUACUGUGGCCCUUGCAGGAGUUAAGCGAGGGCUUGCAUGACCUAAUUUGCUUAAUUGCGGUACGAGUCGUCGUGCUCGUGUGACAGAAUAAUUUGGACCUACAAGUGGAGUCGGUCGACGUCAUUUGAAUAGGCGCAAAUACGAGGAAAAGAAAUAAUGUGUCUAGAUAUCCAUUAAGCUCUGAGUUUUCCUAAAUUUGUACUCGUGUUAUUUUUUUUCUGCGUGAGUAAAACUAUGAUGUUUGUUGACUUUUCUACUUAAAAGCGAGACAAUUAAUUGAAUUAACAAAACUUAAUAAACAAGUGAAACUAAGAAAAAGAAUUAUUUCCCGCCCCCUUUAAAUCGAAGGUCUCGCUUGUGAAUGAAAUGGAAGCUUCUAGCUCAUUCAAGUUUAUGGUUGGAAGUGCUUGCUCGUACGACCGACAAGACAGGAGUAAAUUAUUUGAGGUGGUCCCCUUGGUGUCGUGCAAUAAGGAUGUACAGGGUCAUAAAAGUGCUUGGUGUUUUGUCGGAGUUAAGAACGAGAGUGACCGAGCAGGUAUUUUUUACAUGAGUGCAAAGGAUAUAAACGCCUUAACAAUCUGUCCUUUCCACCGUUCUGAGCUUGGCGAUGGAGCCAGAAUACCUUCAGAAUUCCAAAUGAUUGUAGGGAUGUCAGCCCUGAUCUCUCUAGAAAUCGAGAGAGCUGUACAGGAAGUGGGAGGCACAACCGAUACGAAAGAGGAUUUGGCUUUUGUGACUUUACAGUCCAAACAAAGCAUAAAUUCCUGGAAAGCGCAUUAACUGCGUUCAACAAACCAGGACGAGUCCAGACCAGACGUCAUCGAUGAGCUAGAUGAAACUUCUGCCUUGCUGGUCUUAGACCGGGCAAUGAAAUAUCUACCAAAGAAAUUUAGGGAGAGCCAAACAGACUGGUUUGGUUGGAGAGAUCUGCCAUGGCAUAUCACGGUUGCGACGAGAAAGGGAAAUGAUGGCAAGAUUGAGAUGAUGACAUCUGUACACUUAUUUGAGACGUGUAACCAGGACAGUUCUGCAGUUCUUGCCAUACUUAACGACGUCUUUCGUCGACUGAAGGAUGUCAUGCCCAUUUACAAUCCAUUUAUCUUAGACAAGACAACGCCGGGUAUUACCACUGCGCUUUAACCCUGGUUACAGCCAGCAAAGUAGCAGAGCAAAACAAUCUCUUCCUACGCAGAAUGGAUUUUUCAGAUCCCCAAGGAGGGAAGGGAUCUUGCGAUCGGAAAGCUGCAAAGAUCAAAUCCCAUAUGUCCAUCCAUUUGAAUUCAGGCCACGAUAUAGAGUCGUUAUCUCAAAUGCAGGAGGCAAUAGAAUCAUUUGGGGUGUCCCUGGAGUAGAAGCAGUGUUGUGCAGGCCUCCUUUGUCUUCCAUCAAAAAGCCAGUGAAAUGGGAUGUUGUGAGCUUUGUCAACAACGUUCAGUAUGGCGAGGAAGGUGUGAGAGUAUGGAGAUCCGGCUACAAAAUUCAUUCCUUGGAGCAAGUUUCAUGUUCCUGACCAGGACGAAGUUUCAACACUUGAAUGCAGUGCAGCAAGCGAAAACAUAAAAGCUAAUUUUGUUCCUAUCAAGCCGAGACGAACUGAGUUUGCUAAAACAUCUCAAAAGCAUUAAGACAGCACUGAUGAAGGUACCGAUGAUUCAAGUGAAGAAUCGCGCGAUUCCACAACUAAAAUAUUUUUUUCUGCUCGGAAGAGGGUUGCAUUAAGUCCUAUCAACGCCAUUCGUCUUAACAGAAGCAUCUCGAAUGUGGGAGACACAAAUAUGUUCUUGAAUAUGAAACUCUUUAUGACCGCGCCGUGCUUGGGUAUGCCUUUAGACUGGAGAAGGGACCGAGUGCUGUGCCGCAACUGCUGGACACGGAAUCCACCCGUCAUCGUCUGUAGCUUUUCUUGAAAUGGGAUAGGCCCUAAAGCAGAGUCGUUCUCGCAAUCCCGUUUCACUGAUAAACAAAAGGACUACUUGAUAGCCAAGUUUGAGACUGGAGAACAAACGGGACAAAAGGCACAUGCUGCAAGUGUCUCAAGAUUAAUGAGGUCUGAGAAAGACGAAAACGGCGAGCAGCUAUUUAACUGCUCUGAGUUUCUUAAAUUGCUGAAAUUUGUUAGAAGCGCCGAAAAGGUUAUUUGCUGUUAAGAGCAGUGACAGUUAAGACAAGCGAUAUUGACUCUUUCGCGGUUAAUUAAGUUUUGUAAAUUUAAUUGUCUUGCCUGUACGUCACAAAGCGAACAGACAUUGCGGUAAUUAAAAAGUGUUUUCACUCCAGCAGAAAAAAUCAACUUGGGUAAAAAUAAAGGCAAAAUCAGAGCCAAAUAGAUAUUUAGACUUGCUUUUUCUUUUUUACGUAAUUGUGCUUAUUUUAGAAAAUGACCGUCGAGCGACCAUAACUGCAAUUAUGCUAAUUAGGUCAUGCAAGCCCUCACUUAGUCCACUUAAUUCUUGCAAAAACCUCCCUUUGAAAACUCUUUUGGUUUUUAUCGAGUGCUAGUUAAUAGGCACGGGUAAGCACAUAGAGAAAGUUAAACAAUGGGCAGAAACUUAAGAUUCGUAUGCAAGAGAACAGCAAAGUUUUUAAUCGUAUCCGUCACUGGCACUGGUGCAUAAUCGUACCAGACAGAACGAUGGCGGAACAUGUCUGUAGAAACAAACUUCAAAUGAUAAAGGGCAAAGUAAUUUGACAAAACUGGUUAUGGCUAUGUCAUUUGUUUCUGAAAAAGUUCUACUGUUCAAUCCGAAGUCAUUUCGAAGGCAGGAAUGCUCCUUAACUCUUUGGUCACGCAAUCAACAUAUUGCGUGAUUUUAUGUCUUCCGUGCGCUACUUAGAAGAGUUUCCUGCGUCGCAAGAAAACAUUUUCCCAAAGAAAACUUUACGUCAUUUUGAAGAUCAUUCCUUCAGAAAUUUACAUACGUAAUUUUGUGGAAUUCUGAAUAAUGGCACAUGGUGAACAAAGAGGUUUUCUUCACCGACAUUUUUUUGUAACGGAAGAGAGCACAUUGCUUUUUCGCAUGGCCAAAAGCUUCUAAGCAACCAAUUUCUACAUAACUUACAUUUUACAGAAGACGAAGAGUCUAUAAAAGAGCUCACGUUGGUUAUAUUUCCCUAGACGUAAUAUCUUUGAAAUGCGAAGCGAGCGAAAGUGUUCAAUUUUCGACCUGUUAUGAUCCGAUUCAUCGAUUCCGGAGGGUGAAAGCGAAAAGUUCGUUUUUCUCGAAAGUCAAAAUACAUUUGAGGAAAAAAAAUACACAGCCUUUCUUGUCUUAUUAGGGUCUACUUGUGUGCAAAAAUUGAGACAAUUUGAGUUUUCAACCCUUGCUAUAAAAAUUUCAUUUUUGUUUGAUUUUUGCACGGAUGUCCUCUUAAGAUUGAAUAAAUAGUAUUACUUUCGUCAUUGUCUCAUGUUUGCCUAAGGAUUAAAUAAUUAAUUAUUUUGGUUGAUUCCUCAGCUCCUUCUUUAUUAAAUUACCCGUUGGAAAUUGCAGCUGAAUCCCUGAAUACUACAAGUUAUCAAAAAUUUCUAUCUUCUCUUGGCUAGACACGACAUAUUUCAAAACCGAAAUGCUUCAUUAGAUAAGUUAAGAAGUUAUAACAAUAUAGACUAAAUAAUUGAUAAAAUUCAGCAAUGCAAAUAACGUAGAGUUCCCAGAGUUUUCUUUUCAACAAAAGCCGCGUAUGUUUCUGGCUCCUUCAAUAUCCUUUGAGCCAGGUUCUUAUCGCUUUUCAAGUAUCUUCUUAAGGUAGCUAUAGAAUGCUAUGGUGAUGAUCUGCUACUUAGCAUUAGUUAGAAAUUCCUAUCAAUUGGUGUGAAGUUCUUUGGAAGCACCUACCGUUCGCUGAAAGAAUCUAAACAUAUUCUGGUUUGCGUCUGCAAAUAAUUUAUUUAAAUGACUGUCGUCAAAGAAUAUUGUGUGUACUUCACUUUCACAUAUGAAAAUUCUCACUUGUUUUUUUUACUGAGCUCUCAAGUGUUGCACAAGAUAUUUCAAUUUGAAUUCUUAAAUUCUGAACUAAGUUGGUUUGUUUGUAUGUUUUUUUUUUCAGAUCUAUCAAAAGUUGGAUGAAGCCGUUGCAGGUUAUAUUAUUAUCGAUGUUCUUUCUCUUCAGAACGAUUGACCACAAUAUUCUUGGCCACAAUAUUCUACUAAUUUGGAAAAUAUAAAACGGAACAGUUUGAAGAAGGUCAGACAAGCCUUGUUGAUUGAAUCUGUAACAUUUUGAUGCUGUGUACAAGUCUGCAAUGCACAGGUUCGAUCAUCUUUCUAAUGGACGUUUUGGAUAGUAAAACUUGUUUGACCUUCUUGCAGCAUACCUGUGCAUUAGCUUAACCUUGGGAUAGCCUUACUUGACCAUGGAUAACAAGUACUGUUAAAGAUCAAGCUCAUCGAACUGAGUUAUAGAUAGUACUGGUGCAUUUUAAAUUUGUGUUGUUCUCGGGUUCCUACCGAAGCAAACGAUCUAGAACAUAUUGUAGGACAUUGAAAGGAAAGUUCCCACACAUGAUCAAUGUUUGAACAUUGUUUGCUAGACAUACGUUUUGGUACAUACUUAGUUAUUGUCUCUACUUUCUCCUCAGAAAAUGUACUGAAAGUGUAAGAGGCUGAAGUGGUAAAGAUGGGUAGGUACAUAUUUAUAUAAAAUAUCACCUGUAAGAAGCUCUUGGGUGAGACAGACCUUCUGAGUUCAUAAAAAAAAUCCCGAAAUUUAAAACAAAAAGGUUAAACACCACCUAGACGUGGUCUGAAAGCCUUGUCGACAUCCUUCUGAUAAGAUUGGGACGAUCAGGAGGCUGAAGGUGUUCCAUUUAUGUAUUCUCGUUGUUGGUUGCUCGUCAGAUGAUGAUGGUGACUUCAACUUGAUUCAACCAUCGCUGAUCCAACAGUUGAGGACCAUUCUAGAUCAGUAUCCAGAUGAUGGACAGAUAUUAAAGGUGAAGAAAGCACACACACAGGCACAUAGCUAUAUAUACAAAUACCUAUAUGUAUACAUACAUAUAUAUAUAUAUAUAUAUAUAUAUAUAUAUAUAUAUAUAUAUAUAUAUAUAUAUAUAUACAUAUAUGUAUAUAUACAUAUGCACCCGUUUGCAAAAACGUUGCAAUUUGAAAAAAAAUAACUAAAAUGAAAUAUUGAAGAAAUGUAAAAUGGUUUCAGUGUUUACAUAGCCUGAUGUAAACACGCGGGAGGUUGGGAGAACACGAGAUAAGCGUAGGAAACCACUCCGCUUCGCGUCGUGGUUUCCACCUUAUCGAGUAAACACGGAAACCAUUUUACAUUUCUUUUAUAAAAUAACUAAUGAAAGAGGAACGAAAACCGUGUUUACAUACGCUCAUGUAAAAUGGUUUUAUGGCCAAUCAGAGCCUGCGUACUAUUUGAAUCAUUUUAUAAAUACACAUAUAUAUUUUGUUUUCUCAUCAAAAAGAGACACUUUGAUUAGGAAACAAAAGGUGUAUAUUUUUUCAUAAUUUUUCAAAUUGCAACGUUUUUGAAAACGGGUGUGUGUAUAUAUGUAUGUGUAUAUAUAUAUAUAUAUAUAUAUAUAUAUAUAUAUAUAUAUAUAUAUAUGUAUAUGUAUAUUAGUUUAUUUAUUUCUGACCAUAUGUCUAUUGGUAGACUGACAGAAAUAAAACUAAUUUUUGGUUUCUGUAUGGUAUUAGUAUAUACUUAGACAACUUUUCACCUCGGUGUGGUUGAAAGUGAUGGAUAUUUACUCCCCAUUUCCACUUUUAUUCUUUUAUUUUCUGUUUCAUCUGAAGAUUACACACUUUCCGUCGAUGUUGGUCCCGCAUGACACAAUUUUAAAUUGCUGUUUCCCCCAGGAACUCAUUCAAAACGCGGAAGAUGCAAAUGCCAGACACGUAAAGUUUUUGCAUGACAAAAACAGUUAUGGAACUGAACAUCUAUUUGAUGAGGAGCUUGCACAAUUUCAGGUGAUAACUGACUCUUUGUAAAUACGAGUUUAUAAAAAAAACUAUCUUAUUGACCUUAAAACUAUUUGAAGCCGAUUUCAUGUUUUACAACAGUAGACAAAAACUUGUUUGAGAGUUUAAAACAAGAUCGAGUAGCUACUACUUUUGUCAAAGGGGUUUAUCCGUAAAACUAUCCUGGAUAGACAUUAACGAUCUGUCUGCCGAAGGAGAUUAUUGGAAUUGAAAUGUUCGUUCCCGCGGUAGCAACCAGGAAUAUUGCCUGUCCUCAUUUAGAUUCGGAAGUGGAGAGAGUUACGGUAAAAGUGAAGCGUUUUUUCAGAAAAAAAAAACAUAUAUACUCGUACAGGUCUAGAAACCCAAACCGUUUGACCAGGAAUCCUCUGAACCAAUAAACAUGCCCCCUUUGUAUCUACAUUGCUGCCAAGUUUGAGUUCUUAUCUCUCUUCAUUCACGGUUUUCGUCGUAGGGUCCAGCACUUUUCUCCUACAACGACGCAACGUUUAGGAAAGAAGACUGGAAAGGAAUAAGACUUGUUAGCGAUAGUAUCAAAGUGGAAGAACCCAUGAAAGUUGGUCGAUUCGGCUUGGGUUUUAAGUCUGUGCUGCAUAUAACAGGUAAGUCACAGUGGGUCCUUAUGUGCAUGUAUCAUCAAAAUAGCCAGGACAUCUCUGCCAUGGUAUUUCACUCUAUUCGGUUUCCUGCUAGCUUAAUUACUUAUAUUUCAAAUAUUGAAAGUUAUUGUAUCCUGUAAUGGAGUCUUUCUACGCUACUGUGAACACUCUAAUAAGAAAUUACCAGUUAUAACUGUUAUUGAUAAGGUUGCCCAAGAUGCGCCUUGUAUAAUUGACACUAAUUUUACAUUCAAAUUAUUAUUUCAUUUUCUUCAAGAUCCACCUUGUACAUUUUUAACAUCUCUGAUAUAUUGGAAUAAAUUAAAUGGCAAUAUACACGGUAUUAAAAAUUAACAGCUGAUAUCUAGUUUCGCUUUUCUUAAAGAUUUACCAAGUGUACUCAGUGCUGAAAAAAUUGGAUUUAUUGACCCUCAUGGAAUUUACUUUUCUGAUAAACGGAAUAGAAGAAUCGGUAGAUGUUGGAGACUUGACGGAGACUGUGCUGAGAUGAAAAAAAUACCCGAUCAGUUCCUUCCUUUCAAAGGAAUCUUUGACUGUAAGGAAGAAGUAUUUUCUAACGGUUAUUACGAUGGUACCCUGUUCCGUUUCCCCCUGAGGACCACACCCUCUGAUCUAUCGAAUACACUGUACACCGAGGAGAAAAUGGACACUUUGUUUGAAAGUUUUGAAGCUGAUGCCCACUUGGUUCUUCUCUUUCUUCAACACUUAGAAUCAAUUGAACUCUAUGUUCGAGAAGAGUUACAGGCUAGUCCCAGAAGAACCUUUCAGGUUAGAGUUGCCGCCAAAGACUUGGAAUUAGUUCGCUGUAAGAGGAAGGAGUUCCUUGGAAAGAUUAGGCCCGGGAAAUUGAUGCCCCACUCUGUUGCAGUGACGUAUCCAGUCACCAUAGAGACAAUCAAGUUCGGUACAUCUCACGAAACGAACCUUCUGCAGCAGUACUCCUUUCUUGUCACCAACUACUUUUGUGGAGGAAAAGUUUCAUCGAACUUCAAACGGUUGAUGACAGAUAAAGAGCUAAACUUUCUACCCAUAGUGGGUGUUGCCAUGCCAUUGCCUAAUAAUCCUGAAAUACAGACGCCAGAUAUCAAAGGCCAAGCGUUUUGUUUUUUGCCAUUACCAGUUCCGAUGAGGAGCCUGACAGGUCUGCCAGUACACAUAAAUGGCUUCUUUGCUUUGAGUCAGAACAGGCGUUAUAUUAAGUCUCCAAAUGCAGGUCAAGAAGAUCGAGAAAGGAUGGUUUGGAGGAAACUGACAGACAAGUCACUGUUGUGGAAUAACUGUCUCAUAGAGGAGGCUACACCCGAGGCAUAUGCCACCCUGAUUUUGCAAGCUAUAAAAUGGGACUCUUGUUCUAUAUCAAGAGCAUCAAUUUACAAGUAAGUUGUAAUAUCUUUCAUAUCAGUCUCCAAGAGAUUAAAGUUUGAUAUGUUUUACAGCGACAACUUUACCGUUUUAAAUUAAAGAAUGUGAUCAAGAUACCUUGGUUGUUGUUUUGCAGUGCGUGGCCAAACAUUAUUUGCAUUGACCCGAUGUGGAAGAAGCUCAUCGAUCCUUUUUUCAGUACACUUUUAGAGCACAAUGCUGUUUACACAGAUGCAGGUUCUGGACGCUGGAUUACAGUGAGAGAAGCGGUUUUCGACCAGCUCGAUCAAAGUGAAACUAAAGAAGUGCUUCUUCGAGUGUUGCUGGCUGCUAAUGUGCCCGUUGUUUUUGUACCAAAACACGUUAUAAGGGCUAUAACUUGCUAUACCUCUGUCAAGGAAGUCAAUCCCAGCCUCGUAAGAUCGAGCAUGAAGGAAAUUCCGUCAUGUUACAAGAACCUUAACAGGCAUGAAAAGCUUUUGCUGCUUGAUUUUUGUCUUGAAGAUGGCAAAUUUGACUCGCUUUUUGAUUUGGAGCUCUUGCCCCUCUCUGAUGGGAAAUUCAUCAAAUUCACCAGUCAAUCGAAACCCGUGUAUAUCUGCUCAGUGGAACAUCCUCGAGAACUUUUUCCUGGACUAGAAGAUCGUUUCCUGGAUGAGACGAUCGAUGAGACAAUCACUCAGAGGCUUGUAUCUGUUGGAAAGCAAGGUGAAACUACUUUCUCAUUUGAUAAUUAUUGAAUUAAGACUAUCGAUUCCUCUGGCAUGGUUUCCGAACUAAAAAAAUCUGUAGCAGCUGCCCCUGUCAGGCAAAAGUCAGCGAACAAACAUGUACAUAUUGCGCGUCAGACGUUAAGCCUAGUUUUAUUAUUUUCUUUGCAAUUAUACAAAUUUUUUUAUAUUGUGUGCCCAAUUCCGUUUUGGUUGGUUUUUCACAAAGGAUGCAGUCAAUCUUAUACGUUCAACUUUCUUUCAGGAUUCACACAGUUGCGGAUACUCCGAAAAGAUGAUGUAAAAUCCCUUCUUCCACAAGCAUUACCGUUCGAGUGGAGGAAGGGAAACACCGUCUUGUGGUAUCCUGAUGAUCGAAACCAUAAGCAUCCACCCAUAGAGUGGAUCAGGGUCGUGUGGAGAUAUCUGCAAUUUGUUUUGGCCGAUGCAGGCGAUGUUCUUAGUCUCGGUAAACUUCCGCUGAUUCCGCUAAGCAUGUCAAAGACACCAGUCACCUUGGCACGACUUUGUGAGCCUUCCAGAAUAGUAGUCAAACACUUUUAUGGUCAUUGCCUAGACGAUGAUGUCUCAGAUAUUCUCGUCAAGCUUGGUGUGCUUAUCAUGACUGACUAUCCCUCAUUCAUUGGCCACCAUCCAGCCGUUUUAGGAAGGUUUGUAUAUCCGCCAUUCGUUGACGGUGUUUUGAAAGCAAUGGUGGUUUCCUCAAGUAUGAUGACUAACGGAAAACUUUCCGAAAUUGUACGUUCAGAACUUUCUACCAGGGAAAAACAAGUCCUGAGAUCAUUCUUGGUCAGCGUCGGAGACACGCAUUUGGGUCCAGUAGCGUACGAUUUUCUGCGCUCCCUACCAAUUUUUGAGACUUUGGCGAAGAAAUUCGUGUCAGCAAAGGAUGGUCUGUGUGCUGCACCCCCUGAGCCCCUUCCAAUAACACUGAGAAGAGACCUCGUUGAUGUUUCUCAAAAGGAUUCAAUGGCGUUUGCAUGUCUCCUAGGAGUUAAGAUUCUAACGCCCGUCGAACUGCUUUGUCAGGUUGUAUUUCCAGAUAUCAAGCGGAGAUGCUACUCGGAAAAACAAAUUGACAAGCUGAUGGAGCAUGUGUUGGAUCGUUAUCCAAGUACUAUUCGAAAGAAUGCUUGUUUCAAGAUGAAUUUGCAGGACUUAGCUUUCGUUUCCAGGCAGAAAGGUCGAGCAAGGCCUUGUGAGCUCUUUGACCCUAGAAACGCCAUCGUUAAAACUCUGUUCGUCCAUGAGGAUGUUUUCCCUUCCUCCACAUACGGUAGCCCUUCAGUACUUGUGGUUCUUGAAGAACUGGGAAUGAAAGGCGAGGAUGACGUCACCGUGACCGACCUCUAUCAAAGUGCAAAGAUGAUAAGUAAGUUUCCCAACCUUCCGUCAUUAAAGGAUAAAUCUGAAAUAAUCCUGCGCUUUCUCCACGAGGAUCCUCAAAAGAUGCUGGACCUGGUUAGCGGAGAACCAUUGGGGAUUCUACUGAGAACUAUUCCUUGGGUUUCAAGACAAGAACAGCGACCCUAUGAUUACCCUCCCAGCCUUCCAUAUUGGAAAACAGAAGAAGAAGAAAAUAGAAGAUUUUUCAAGCCUGUUGAAUUAAAGAGUCACCAAUUUGCAAACCUUAUUGGAACUGUAAUGCCUGUUGUUGACGUGGAUAAAACCGAAUCGAUCGGUCAGUUUUUCGGCUGGCAAGAUGAACCCCCUAUAAGCCAAGUAGUUCAGCAUUUAGAAACUGCGGUGAAGUGCUACUCGCAAGAGCAAAAACCGUACUUCAUUGUGAUGCUCGACGAAAUAUACAGGUUUCUUGGUGAGCACCACCAUGAUGUGGAUGAGGCAUUUGAUGCCACUAACGUCUUUCCUUGGGUAUGGAAUGGAGAUGGAUUUUCCUUACCAAUUCACUUACUUGCUACAAGGCCAUCGAUUGAUCUCACACCUUACAUACAUUGUCUUCCUCUGGAAUUGCGGCACCACUGUCGUCUUUUUAAUUACCUUGGUAUGCAGAAGGAAUGCGAUCUAUCUGUUCUGGUAAAGGUCCUAAGGAUGAUCAAGGCGAAACACGACGGCGGAAGUGUCAUGAGCCCUUCAGAAGUUAAACACGACCUUCAGUUAUCCGUCAAUAUCCUGAAUGAGUUGGCAAGUGGGGAGUUACCCGAGGCGCUUCAAGGAGACAUCCUGAUCCCAACUUAUCAAGAAGACAACUCAUAUGUCAGCCUUCAGCCUGUAGACAGUUGCAUGUAUGGAGAACAAAAUGAUAACGAAGAAAUCGACUACUUUUACGUACACCCAAAUGUCCCAAAUGUAACCGCUGAGCGUCUUGGUGUGCCAAGUAUAACAAACCGACUGCUUGAUGCUGAUGAGCUGGCCAUUGGAGAAGAGUUUGGACAAGGAGAAAAACUUACCACCCGACUCAAUCGCCUACUCGAAGAGUACACGGAUGGCUUUUCAGUUCUGAAAGAACUAAUUCAAAACGCCGACGAUGCUGGCGCCACAGAAGUAAAAUUUAUGUAUGACGAGAGAACGAAUGAGGAAGCAAUGACUUGUCUGAUUGACGAGGGAAUGAAAGGUUGCCAAGGCCCCGCGUUGUGGGUUUACAAUGAUGCCACAUUUAAGGAGGAAGACUUUGAGAACAUUACAAAAUUGAACGAAGCAACGAAACAGCACGACACCGAAAAGAUUGGCAGGUUUGGACUGGGCUUCAAUGCAGUAUACAAUUUAACAGAUGUUCCCAUGUUCAUAAGCAGAAACAGCUUUGUCAUUUUUGAUCCACAUACGUCGUAUCUCGGGAAGGCUCUAAAGAACAAAACGAAGCCUGGAAUGAAGAUCAAUGUCAACAAAGAUGUGACCAGGCUUCGUAAAUUUAAAAACCAGUUCAAACCAUUCAAUGGUAUAUUUGGCUGCGAUUUAAAUCUCCAAAAAGAGGACAACUCUUUCAAUGGUACUCUGUUUCGAUUUCCGUUGAGAACAAGUGAGCAGGCUUUGAAAAGUGAGAUAAAGAAGCUGGCGUAUGACGUCUCGCAAAUGCGAGAAUUACUGCUUACGCUAAUUAAAGGAGCCGAAACCUUACUUCUCUUCACACAGAACGUCCUCCGCGUGAGCAUUUUUUCUUUGAACACACCCGAAGUUCAAGACGAAACAGUCAAAUUGACGUUCAAGAUCACCAAAUCAUUGUCUCAGGAUGGAAUAGUAAGAGCCUUGUCCGCCCCUGUUUCCCUUCCUCCCACCACGAACAUUUUGAACUUCGAUGACCAGAAUUUUUUGAAGCAAUGCAGUUUCCUCCAAGCAUCAUCACGAGUUGUUCGAGCAUUUAGAAUGGGACAGGUAUUUAAACUGACAAAGUCCUCUAUGAAGGUUAACGUCCACUGCGUCUUCACGGAAUGCGGUCUACGUUUCUUUAAACCUGAUGUAGCAACCAUUCAUCCCGAAUGUACAACCUGGCUUGUAGUCUCCUCCAUGGGAGACGGACGUGCACUGAAGUUUGCUGAGAAUGAUUUUAGCCUUCUUCCAUCAGGAGGGGUGGCUGUGCAGCUGGCUACAAGCGGCGCCGACAAAUUUGUGCCUGUGCCUGUUUUUAAGAAUGAUAAUGGAAUUGAUGUCAAUGGGACUCUUUUCUGCUACCUUCCUCUUCCUAUCCACAGUGGGCUUCCAGUACAUAUAAAUGGGGCUUUUGCAUUAGCUGCGAACAGACGCCAUUUACAAGAAAAACUCGAAGGCGACAAAGAUUGCUAUGGGGUUGACUGGAACAAAGCGCUGACGGUGGAUUCAAUUUGCUCAGCUUAUUUGUGCCUCCUAGAAGAUGUAAGGUCAAUUGCUCCCACUGACGGAUCUUAUAGGUUCCAUUCUUUGUGGCCGAAAGCCGAUAAAGUAUUCCCAAACCUCCGACACCUCAUGCAGUCAUUUUACAUGCAAAUAUCCACUGGAACUCACGCUUUGUUUUCUGAUGGAGAGAACUGGUUUACUGUCAAUGAGGUGGUACUUCUUCAUCCAGUUCUCCGAAACGAUCCUUUCAUUGGCAAUACUUCAUUCAAAGUUUUCCAGCUUUUAAUGAGCAAACGCGCAGUGGUUAUUGAUGUCCCUUUGUCUGUCGUGAAUUCCUUCCAAAGCUGUGGAAGUGGGGAGGUUAUUAACUCAAAGAUCUACGACAAAAAUAAAUUUUUUCGUCAGGUCUUUUUCCCGAAUAUCGCCGCAGUUCCUUCAGAGAUGAGAGAUAAACUUGUCUUGCAUGCCAUGGAUAACAGCUGUGAUGAUUUGGUCAAAGCUUAUUCUUGUAUUCCGGCAUCUCCACUUGGAAACUCUCUUAGACGUCCUUCUGAGCUCAUUCACCCAGGCAAAGACGCUGCUCGGCUCUUUCGUCCUGAGGAUGGCAGAUUUCCAUGUGGAAAUGCAGAGACCUUUCUGAAUCCUGGACGACUUGCAAAGCUUGAGCUUUUGGGAAUGGCAUCCGAUUAUCUUCCUUGGCAGGAAAUGGCAGAAAGAGCUGAAAGUAUCAAUAGACUAAACACUAUAAACAGUGAAGCAGCGAAGGAGAGAGCGAUUGAAUUUGUUAAUUUUCUACAGAGGAAGAUUGAGCGCAAAGACGAAAGCUCUUUAGACAUCACAAGACAAAGAAUACUGGAGGCUCAAUUUCUUCCUGCUCUUAGUAAACCAGUUAACUUUCCUUUACCUUGGAAGGCCGAUGAAUAUGAUGAAAAUGUGCUCUUCGCUCCAAAAGAUGUGUUUCUGGAAAGUGAAAAGUAUCGCUUGUGUAGCAUAAAACCGCUCAUCGGGUUGUCUAUCUCUCGAGGUGUUAAAGAGUUUCUAAAGCUUAGCGAAAAAGAAGCAAAGCUAAACCAUGUUAUCUUGCAACUGAAGGUAGCGAUGUGUUCCGAAGUUGAGUCGUCAAACGCCAAGGCAAUCGAAGAAAUUAACUCAGUAUGUAGAGCAGUCUACUCCUACCUAGAAAGGGACAUCAGUGAGGGUGCAACCAUCAAAGAUAUUCCACAAAACGAGAAAUUUAUUUUGUAUGAAAGAGAGUUUCUUUACCCAAGUCAGGUGGCUUUUAAUCUCAACGAUGACUGUGCACCAUAUCUUUACCAGCUUCCAAAACGGCUGGCAGAAGACUUUCCCAAGCUACUGAGAGUCUCCGGUGUCAAAGAAUGUUUUGACGAGAAAGACUUUAUUUUAGCUUUAAGGCAGAUCAAGGAGUUAUUUCCUGAAAACGAACUGGACGAGAAAAACCUUAAAGUAGCAGCACGUCUGGCAGAUCAACUUGGAGAGAGACUACAAGCAAGUAGAAGUGACCCUGCUUCAUCGCGAAAAGAGCUAGGAACCAUUUACCUUCCUGACUCAUCGGGAGUAAUGAGGGCAAUAUCCGAGCUUUGCAUUAAGGAUUGUCCAUGGAUGCCUGACGAAGAAGGAGUGCAUUUUGUUCAUGCAAAAAUUCCUUGGCCAACUUGUGAGCUUAUCGGUGUAAAAACUCGAAGAGAUGAAGCUCUGCGGUACCACAUGGUUAGAAUGUCGUUUGGACAGAAAGAGAAACUUACAAAUCGCCUGAAACGCAUACUUCGGUGUUACCCUUGCGAAAGAGAAAUUUUGAAAGAACUUCUUCAAAAUGCAGACGACGCAGAGGCAACCGAGAUUUGUUUUAUAAAGGACCCAAGACACCAUCCAGAUGAAAAGGUGUUUGGGGAUUGUUGGAAACCUCUACAGGGCCCCGCUUUAUGUGUGUAUAACAACAAGCCUUUCACCAAUUCUGAUCUUCAAGGCAUUCAGAAUCUCGGAGAGGGUACUAAGGGUGAAGAUCCAAACAAAACAGGCCAGUACGGGGUGGGCUUCAAUGCUGUUUACCACCUGACUGAUGUGCCGUCCUUUAUGUCCCAGGGAAAGGAGAUUAGCGAUGUUCUGUGUGUAUUUGACCCACAUUGCAAGUAUGUUCCGGGCGCCACUCCUUCAGAGCCAGGGGGUAGGUUCAACGAUACAGCCACCCUAAGUAAGAAGUUCCCUGAUGUAUUUCCUUGCUACUUGUUAGAUCACUUUAAGAUUGACAACGCAACCAUGUUCAGAUUCCCGCUAAGGACCAAAGACAUGGCUCGCGAAUCGGAAAUUUCUUCAAACUCUGUGUCAAUCAAAGAACUUGAUGUUAUGAUGGAAGGGCUUAAAAAAGAAAUGUUUGAGAUUCUGCUCUUUGUGAACAACGUCAGGAAGAUAACCAUUUGUGAGGUUGAUGAAGCAAGUAAAAAUCUAGUGAAUUCCUAUACAGUUGAGGCACAGAUGUCAAAAAAAGAUGAGGCCAAAAGAAAAGCAUUUGCUGAUCACAUCAAACAGAUUUCAAAGUUAUCCAAAGAGGGAGAGGGAAUUGAUCCAAGAAAGAUACCGGUAAAAAAGGUUUCCUACGUCUUGGACAUAAGAGACACUACUGGCAACGCGGAAAAGUGGCGAAUUGUGCAAAAGAUUGGUUUUGAAAAAGAUGUAGAAGAAAGUAUCAUUGAUGCCUUUACGAAGCGAGAACUUGGAAUGCUUCCUCGCGGCGGUGUCGCCUGUCUUUUGGAGAAGAAACCUAGUUAUUCUUCUCUAAGACUAAAGAAAGCUUACUGUUUUCUACCUCUUCCACUUGAGACAAACCUCCCAGUUCACGUUAAUGGCCACUUUGCGUUAGACCACGCGGCAAGAAGAGGUUUGUGGAGAGAUGACGAGAACCGUGGUGGAUAUCGGAGUGACUGGAAUUAUCUUUUGUUGCAAGAUGUCGUCUCGUCAUGCUACAUCACGAUGUUGGUUGAGGUGCGGGAUUUUCUCAAACUGUCCACCACCCCUGACUCGAACCCUGAAACUGAAAGUGUAAUCCUGAGCAAAAUAAAAGUGUACGAAUCAUUUUUUCCUCGUCAAAUACCUACUGAUAAGUAUUGGAAGACACUGGUUGAUUCUGUUUAUUAUAAAAUGAACCGGAUGAAAUUGAAGAUUCUGCCCGUGGUUAGAAAGAGAUCCCUCAAUUGUUCAUCAAAGAUCACUGGAAAAAGCCCAGCUGCUGAGAUUACUUGGCUUCCACCGACAGGUAUUGGGAAGCAUCAAGCAUUUUUUGACGAUCUUGAAGAAAAAGGGCCCUUUGCGGUAUCGCCCAAGAAGCGUAAAGAGGAGAAUCAAGCAAAACAACGCAAGCUGUUGAGGGACAUUUUACUUGACAGUGGUUUCAACCUGGUUUUCUUCUCGUUGGCAUUACAUGAUUCUUUUCAGCGAGCUGGAGUUGCGACCUGCUGCAUUUCUCCUCGUAAGGUAAUUGAUUUCUAUAAAACUUUUAAUUGCGACGAUCGUUUGUGCACGAUUGGACCAAUUCCUUGCGACGUUCAGGAAACAUCACUUAACGGUGCUGUUGGAGUAACCACCGUGUUGCUGUAUUGCCGCUGUGAUGUCAGUUUCCUGAACGAUUUACCUGGUCUUCCACUCCUACUUACGCAUGACCAGCGUCUCCAAUUGUUUUCGAGUGAACAUCCCAAAUUCCUCUCACAAUACCGCGAUCUUUUACCAAGGUCUUCGCAAAUUUUCCUUCACGACCUUCUUUAUCGUUGUGUUUUUAACGACACUGACAAAGUUAAACUAACUUCCCUCAAACAUCUGGAUGCCACCUCAUUCGCCGCCAAUCUACCUCAGACUCUACCAAUAGACAUAUAUGGAAGUAGAAGAUUUGUUGAGUGGUACCCAAACCAGAGAGAGAUACCCAACCGAAAAUGGAUAUUCAAGGCCUGGAUUUUUCUGUCCGAGCUUGUCGAGGAUGUUAUCACUAAUGUAGAAGUGAACGAAGAGAGAAAGAUCCAAGAAAUCCGAAAAAUGCUCGAACCUUUGUUCAACUGGUGCAUUCUUCCGGUUAUCGUGAAAGAUUUAACAGACGAAGAUAAACCAUUGGUUUCCUUCUCUCACAAAAGGACACCUCCUCCCACCAAACAUUAUCUGUUGCCUCUUAGGCGAGCGGCAUCUGCCCUGGAUUUCAGAAGUGCAGAUUCUUCAAGCUCUAACCUUGUUGAUGUCUUGCGAAAGGUUGGCUUGCCUGAACUUAACUUAGGUGCACUUUCAUCCAGCAGCGAAGAUUUAUUUUUGCCUUCAAAAUCUAUUUAUCUUGCUCGCAUGCUGGUAUCAUCUUUGGAGUCUCCUGCGUCACUUCUUACUGCCCUCGACGAUAAGAUGGAUUUUGAGCCGCAGUCACUGAAGGGAAGACUGAAUACUUCGGAAUGUAUUACCAUCCUGGAAUAUUUUAGCAAAAGUGUGAAACGCUUGGGAGAAAACGAGAGGGAAACCUUAAGGGGACUUUCUUUUUAUCCAGCAACCCAAGGUAGAUUAAUAAGACUCAGUGAUCGGAAGAUUUGUGUCCUACCAACUGAAAUACCACGGGACGAAAUUGAUGUACUGGAAAAUGAGCUGGAUAUCGUUUUUCUGGAAUUUCAGACAAGUAUUUCUGAGCUUUUCGAGUUUCUCGCGCUGGAAUUCUUCUCUACUGUUGACUUCUAUUGCAUCUUUGUGUUGCCAAAUUUUUCCGUCCUUAGUAAAGAAGGAAGAGAAUCUCACCUGACAUACAUCCGGAAAAAAACCUUAGAAAACGCAAAGGAUGAAGAGAAGCAGAAAUUGUUGAAAUGUUUGAGAGAUAUUCCGCUAGUUCCCUCUGCAGAUGGAAGUCUGAAGACUGCAUCCUGUUUUUUUGACCCUGAAAAAAAAUUUUUUAGCGCUAUGCUUCCAAAAUGUCUGUUUCCAAUGGACCCUUUCGACACACCGGAAUGGCUGACGUUUUUACGGCGAAUAGGUCUUAUUCACAUCGUUUCCAAAGAUUGCUUUAGAGCGCUUGCUGCAGAAGUUGCACGGGAGGCUGCAUCAGCCCCAAGUGAUAAUACUCGCAAGAAAUCUCAAGUAUUGGUCAAUCAUCUCAUCAACCGAGAUGACGUACUAGUUGAAGGAUUGUUACAAGACAUCUGUAACAUCCCUUUUGUAGUCGGGGAUCCAGUCAGAGAAGGACUCCAAGCAAUUUGCUUGCCGUUUGGGGGUUUCACUGGUCGUCAGGCUCCACAUUUCGCCUUCCAGGGGGCAGUUCCAGUCGAUUAUGCCGAAAUUGUUUGGACAGAAGCCAAUUUACUUCCAAAGUGGGCGAAUCCAAGACAUCGUUCUCAUGACUUUGCUCAUAACUUUACUUCGGAUGCUGAAAUGAAGCGACACUACGAUUCAUUUGUCUCCCAACUUCAGAUUCAAGAAAAGCCUUCAGUGGACCUUGUGGUUGCUCAUUGCAAAACUUUAUGUUUAGAAGUUGGUAAAGGCAAUGAGGGAACAGUUUCUUCCCCUGAAAGACGUUGCGCAUUGAUGAAAGUAAUGGGAUGCAUUUACUCAUUCUUGAAUAGCAACUGUAUCAGAGGGAGGGACGUAAGGAAAAUACUUGCAAAUACACCCUGCAUUUUGGUCGAAAAUGGCAAGAAAUUCAUUCUACCUCGUCAAGCAGUCCUUGCGCUUUUCCAGCACCUUGAAUUAAGACCGUUCCUGUAUGGAAUUCCCAAGGAAUUUGGUAAGUUUCAUCCUUUGUUCCUGAACCUUGGCUGCUCAGAAUUUGUCACUCUGAGUCAUUAUGCUAUGGUGUUGGACUUACUGCACAAGAGGUGCCACAGUUCCAAACUGGACCCGAAUGCAGUUAACGUGUGUGAAAGAGCAGUAAGAGGUUUCUUUAAUGAAGUUCAGCGAAAUAAUGAAGAGGUUAAAGACAUUUCUCAGCUCUACUUACCAGGAAUGACUCUCACAAACGUGAGAACGAACGGCACUGCCAAUGUAAUACCUCUCUAUUUGCACAAGUCCUCGGAGCUAAUUUUCAAUGAUCUCCCGCCUUCUAUCCGUGAUCGACUGCACAAUUUCCGAGAGAACCUCUUUCUUGACCUUCGCCAAAUGAAAGUGACCUGCAGUACUACAAGCAUUAAUUACAAAGAGCUCGUGAUGAAGUUACCCAAGUCUUUGAGGCCAAAAAUGCUGUCCACUGUUAUCAAAGAAAAAAUCACUUCAAGUCUUGAAAAUCUACCGAAUACUGCAAUCACCCAUCUCAGAUACCGGCUUUCAUCUCCGCAGUUUUUUUACGGCAUAGCGAGACUUAUUCGCGACGAGAACUGUAGAAUAGAAAGAGAGGGUGAUGACAGCAUGAUUGCAAACAUCAAGAUGAGGCUUCGCAGCCUCGAGGUUUAUUCCGUAUACCGUCUCAAAACUACACUAUUCUGCAGCAACGAACCCAUCCCAGCUAGCGAGGCAGACGUUCCGUACUUCGUUGAAAAAGUUUUGGUUUCCGGUGAGGAAACAUCAAGGGUAUACGUCGAUUCCUUAAAAGGAACAAGUGAAGAUGGCAUGACUUCGUUGUUUGUAGCUAAUGCGGUUGAGGAAAUAUGUGAAGGACGUCUUGGAAGAAGGGCCUUAUUAAUUCCUCAUAUGCUGAGAUGUCCCCUAGGUGCCAUAUGGUCCCACUUAGAUAGCUUGGGUGUUCGACCGGAUGACUCAUUUUCUGCAGAAGAGCUAGAAAUUCCGCCUGAGCCAGGCAGUUUUAUUCCCCAAGAAGAUCACCAUCGCUUAAAUGACGACUUUGAAGAGUUUGUACCAGACGAUGAUGUUGGAUAUGAGCUUCACGACCCAAGUGUAGUUGGAGAAGGAGGAGACGCUACCUAUAUAUACGCUACAAUUAUCGAAGAAGUAACGAGUGAAUGCAACAGCCGCCUGACAAGGCGUUACAGAAUCAACAUUGGAAAUGACCAAGAGAAAGUUGUCGAUGCUACGGACCUGUACAAAUUCCACCGUUUGACCGAGUCAUCUUCAACUGCGAUGGUCCCGUGUGAUAGGAUUGGGCAGCCCCCUACCCCAAGAAGCAGACAGGGAGUUUUCGAUAAGAUUUCAGACCUUCUAGAGGAAGCGUGGACUCUUCCAGAAAAAAAAAGACGAAAAAUAACCAAGCGGCUGUAUUUGCGGUGGCACCCUGAUAAAAACUUAGGCGAUGAGGAAUUCUGCAAAGAGGUAUGUCAGUACAUACAGAGCGAAGUUUCAAGGUUAAAAAGAGGGGAGCCUAAGGGUGGUUCCUACGGAAGCUUCUUUGUUUUAUGGGCAUUGCUUGCAAGGGAACACUACAGGCAGCGCCGGGAACACAGAGGAAGAUCACCAUGUCAUAGAAAAAAUCCUCAACCAAGGGAGGCCAGGCGUUGGUUCAAACAAGCGGUUGCAGAUAUCCAGGCAGCAAGCAACGAUAUAAUUUAUGAGAGACCUUCGUAUGAGUGGGCAUGCUUCAAAUGUCACCAGGUAAUAGUAAACAUCAGUUAUUAUAAGGUAAUUUAAAAUUAUCGACUGAGUUGAUAACUUUAAUUGGCCACCGUAAAGAGUGUUACAUCUGACGUUCCGAGCGUUAGCGUUAGCACUUCGUCAGAGACCUUCGCUCCGACGAAGGGAUAACGCUCGAAACGUCAACUUUGAAACUCUUUACGGUGGCCAAUUUACGUUAUUAACUCAGUUGAUAAUACUUAAUUACCCUGUUAUACUACCCCACCGACGCAGCAUCCCAGUUCAUUUAGAAACUUACCCCCUUUAUUCAUCACUUUAAAUAGUUUUUAUGUGCUGCCAUCGUUAUUUUAACAUUGAAGUAUAAAACUUGAUAUAAUGAUAGAAUUCCUUCAGUUAAGUUAAGCCAUAUUUAUUUUCAUAACUAAUCGUUUUUCUUUGGCUGUCUCGUGUGACCAGAUAUGCUUGUCAAUUCUUAGCGAAAAUGGAAUGUUAUUAGUUGUUCUUCCUAGGUUUUUUUCUGUUAACAGCUAACAGUUAUAUUACAGACACAUGAAUCGUUCUCCAUCUUUAGUUGAGGUGCUUCUGAAAGAAACCUUAACAGGGAUUAUCUUGAACAUAACUCAAAAAUUGACAGGGCUGGAGUUUUUUAUUUGUUCUUCCUGACAGGCAGCAGAGAAGGCUUUGAAGGCGGCACAGUAUACAGUAGAUACUUACAGGACAAGGGUCCACGACCUUGUAGAGAUUUGCUGCGAUCUAAAUGAUCCCGAGCUACUAGAUCUAGCAAGGCAAUUAGAGCGUCUAGUUGGUGGUUCUACGCGCAUGCGUUACCCAGACAGAAUGUGUUUCCCCCAGAUUCCAAACGAGGUGUACUCUGCCGAAUUAGCGCAACAGGCCUUGCAGCUUGCUAAGGAAAUUGUUGCAUGCGUACAGAGCAGGAUAACCUAAGGUGAGAGCUUAAAAGAAAUUGACAAAACUCAGUGGGAAACGUAUGUUUUCUGAAUGCAUCUUAUUCAAGAGAACAUGCAGUUCAAAUUUAGGUCAUUGCUGCCACCUUUGUGAGUUUUUUAUUUUUAUUUUGUUAUUUUUUUUUUUAUGAAAAGAACUCUAUGUUAGUGUAUAGAUUGGUAUGGUGCUCGCACCUAUCAGAUCGCCGCAUUAGGGUAUGUGUCUCGCACCAAUCAUCACUCUCCAUCUGCAGAUUAUAUAAAUUUCAAUGGUGUGAAAUGAAUUUCAUUUGACAGGGUCACUCUGAUCAGGAUUCGAUGCAAGGAUGGAAUUCAAGCAUGGUUGUCUAAUGUACCGCAAUGUUACAACCAUCUCGUGCAUCUUCUAAAACCAGAAUUAUUUUGAUCACGACUGUACAACUUGUUUUUAAUUGUAACGCCCUUGAUAUAAAAACCUCCCUUUCCAAAGGCAGAUUUUUUAAAACUACGUAUUAGACUUUAUCUUGAUCUACUUUAUCUGAGAUUAGAUCAGAUCAAAUCAGCUUUUUUAUGUGACUCUAGAAUACUAAACUGGCUAUAGAUGUGUUCAGCGCUAGGUAAAAAGCCUCUAACAGGAAAAGCUGUAUCCCACGAAUACUUAAUUUUUUGUAGAUAGCUAGCUUUCAUUAUGAGUUGGGUAGAAGGACCGAGUUUCCUUUUUUAAUUUUAAAAUCAAUAUAUUUCUUUUAAAAAUUGUCUAGCCUCGAUACUGUUAAUGUGCAUCUUUAGAAACGUAGGUGUUUGCAUCAUUUUUAUAGAAUAAAAUGUAUCUAUAGUAUGACGCAAAGUUUGUUAGAGAAACUCCAACCAAUACAGGGAUCUGCCUUAAAAGGCGGUAUAAAUUAAUUUAAAGACCAGUUCCUCGAUAGAUCGAUACUACUACAAUUUUACGUGCAUUCCCUUGAAAUGAUUUCAUAAUUGCUCUAUGAUCUCUCAACAUGUUCUGAUCAUUUUUGUGACAGACAAGGCCUUUGCACCUCCAUAGCCUUUAAAAACACCCUAUUAUUGAAUUGCAGUCAGCAUAUCCAGUUUUAUCUUUCUGCCAAUCUAAGGUUUUGAUUUAGGGCCGGGUCGCAUUAGAGACGAUUUUGCAGAUAAUUAUUUACUCUAAGGACUAAAAUCUGUCAACACACCUCUUUUCAAAUGCGACCCCUCAUUUGUGAUUUUUUAUAAAUUUCAAAAUCGGGAAAAAACAUCAAAGACGCCGGUGUGCUUGGGCGAGCUGGACCAAUUUUUCCAAAUCUCGAAAAACCAAAUGAGCCCGCCGCUAAAGCUGUCAACAGUUGAAAAGAAUGACUCCCAAUAUCGACGGCAAGGUCACGAACGUGAAAAAGAGCGCGACAUUUCAUCAUUUACACUGUCGUUUUCAUUGCAUACAGUUCGAAGCGACAGCAUGUAGAGGCGAGAUUUUCCCUUUGCUUACUACGGCCAUCAAAUGCCAAGAAGUGAGAGGUAUUCCUUCCUUCAGGAACUGGGCAAUACAGCCCCAAUUUGGCCUUUUGUGAGCGCCGAACAAAGCAAACCUGAGAGUUACUGUUACCCUGUUUGGCCGCAUGGCAAGUGUCGUUACUGAACACAAUUUCACCGCUCAAAUUUCCCCUGAGUGAUUGACGCUUGCAUUUCACUUGUUGAAAUGCGACCUUUUUUUAGCUCAAGUUUAUUUUCAAUUCUAGUCUGAUGCAAUUUGAUUUUCCGGCCAAUUUUUUUUAAGCCAAAAUUAAAAUUGGUCCGUAAUGCGAUCCGGCCCUUAUACAUGCGCUUCAGAGCCACCGUAAGGGUUUUGAUAAUCAAGGUGGCUCUAAACCUUAUGCCCACAUCUUCUUUAACUGUGCAGGAAGAAGUGUUAAUGUCUGAUUUUCUAGAUCAGAGAAAAAAUUGUUCUGUGAAAGCUCAUUCUUGCUUUAACUAAUAAUUACGUGGAAGGCGAUUUUUAUCAGCCAAUAAGACCUAAUAGGCUCAACUGAUGACAAAAACUUUUUAGUUAUGAUGUAAAACCAGUGAACUAUCAUGAGCGGAAGUUCGCUAGAUCGCCUACUGUCUCAGGUUUUAGCUGUUUUUUAAGCUGGCCCUCUUCUGUAUCUUUGUAAAACAUAAGAGAUUUCAGACUAAUUCUUAUGGCUACCCACAUAGAAUCUUUUGCGACUUUUUAAGCCGUUUAUCCACAGGUAGAGGGACGUUUUUAAUUUCAAAGGCGAAAUAUAUAGUUGUUGAAAGUUAAAAGACCAUGUGUCAAAGUGACGUUGUAAAAGUAAACGUCUAUUGCAUUUCAAAUGUAUACUCAAAACUUCAAUGUUAUGGUAAGAUAUUAUGACAAGGGAGUCUCCAAAGCAAACUAUCAUUGUUACUAUGAGUUCCAUGCAAGCUUUGUGGAUUAACAUUGACCUAAUUUGUUAUCAUAACAAACCCUUGUUUAGCUGGUUUGUCUUUCAUCGGUUCAAUUCUUGCUCUUUGUAG